AUGGAAGUCGCGACUGCGACACACACCAACACGGAAGGGGCCCCGCACCCGCCUGAGGAAGGAACCACCACAGGCCAGAGUCGCAUCGCCCACACUCUUACAGCUUGUUGUCGUUGCCGGACGCGCAAGACAAGAUGUGACCCCGGACUCCCUCGAUGCGGGCCAUGCGAGCGUACCAAUUCCCACUGCGAAUACUACGACCCCACCAAGGGACGCAAGAUACCCCGGAAUUACGUUGUGCACCUGCAGCAAAAGGUGCGCGAUCUCGAGAAGCAGCUGGCUGAUCUCGAACGGGACGAUGUCGAGCCAGACCCUGAAGAUGUGAUGCGUGGGGCGGCUACAGUGCGUGUCCAGGAUUCCGACGAGUCCAAAUUCCUGGGGCCUUCAAGUGGAAUCACCAUCACCCGUCUCGUGAUGCAGCUGGCAAAGCAGUUUACCGAGUCGAAGAGCAUUUCUGAGAUUGUGCCACAUUCCGAAGCAAAGAAUAUCAAGGACACCUUCGCCCAGGAAGACCAGCGACCUACCUCCAAGAUCUACCCCAUGGUCAGCGACGUUGCUGCUGAAGAGCUUCCCAACAGAGAUCUUACCAAUUUACUGGUCGAACUGUUUUACUGCAAAGGCGCGUUAGGCUUGCACCCUAUGUACCCCAUCUUCCAUGAGCCAACUUUCACCAAAGACGUCGAUGAAGUUUACAAUGGCUCCACAGACCCUUACCAGAAUUACUGUCUGCGCAUGGUCAUUGCUAUCAGCCUGCAGAAGAUGGAUACACAGUACGCAGGUCUCGCCGACAGUUACUAUCUCGCAGCCUUGAAAUACUUCGAAGCCGCCAUCAAGCCGAUGAAUCUCAAGACCCUGCAGUGUUUCGGUCUCGUCGCAGGCUACUCACUCCUGACGCCAACGAGGACAGCCGUCUACUACAUUAUCGGCCUUGGUGUACGACUGUGUCAAGCCCUCGGCCUACACGAGGAGAAGACAAUCAGCAUGGGCCCUGGUGGACGUUCUGCAGACCCCCUCGAGAUCGAUAUGCGUCGCCGCUUGUUCUGGAGUAUACUUACUAUGGAUUACGGCUUGUCGCAUAGCCUCGGAAGACCCGCCCACUUCGCGACACGACGGGAACACAUCGAUGUCAACUUCGGCGAGCUUGUCGACGAUGUCUACAUUACUAGGGAUGGCAUCAAGCCUGCACCUCAAGCAUCGCUUAAGAAAUGGAUUGGCAUACACUUCUACAAAAUGCGCUUGCUGCAACUCGAGAUACGCAAGAUGCUAUACCAGAGGAAGAAGCCUGAACCCAAGGAUGAUCAACACCCCUGGUUCGCUCAGAUGCAGUCCAAGAUCGAGGCGUGGCGCGACACAAGUCCUGAAAUGGACGGCGGAUCGGGGCUUAACAAGGUCUGGUUCAUCGGUCGAUACAACACUAUGGUCGUAUUCAUGUACCGUCCGUCUCCACAAGUACCUCGCCCAUCUCUGGACGCCGCCAUCCGCUGUUACGAUGCGUGCCAAUACAACAUCUACAUGACUAUGAAGCAGAUUGAGACUAAGAGCGUCGACGUCACAUGGAUCUUUACGCAAGCCAUCUUCAUGUGUAUCAACACCAUGCUCUGGACUCUGUCGUACUCGGAGGUGCGACGACGUCAUAGCCGCGAAGAAGUAGAAGGCCAUCUGAAAGUGGCGAUGGAGUCGAUUAGGCAGGCCUCAGAACGAUGGCCUGGAGUACAGUCUGCUAUCGGCCUUUACUAUAACCUGAUCUCUGCUUGCAUGAAGAUCUUCGACAAGGAUGGCGAUGUUCCCAUUUCGGCCAGUUCUCCAUCCGAUACUGCGUCCGUCGGUACUGGCAAUAUUGUAGAUGGCAUCAAUCGAUCAAGAACUACAAGCCCAGCAACGGCGUCUACUGCAUCGGUGCGCACGCCUUCGGAAAAGGCACCAGGACCUUUUGGCUACCUACCUGAACACAAUCAGCAACUCUUUAACUUUGGAAACGGCCUGUCGAACCCACCUAAUCCAUUCUCAAGUGCGCCGAGCUCGCAACAGGCUGGAUUGCAGACGUCACCUCAACAACCCCCACCAUUGAUAUACAAUGAGCUAAGCCCAAAGACGUCGAUGGAUACCAGCAUUCCGUCAUACAGUUAUGCUCCUACAACCCAAUUCGCGCCCCUACCCACAACAUUUGCGGAGCUACCUCAAUGGAACCCGACAUUCACGAUGCCACCCCAAGACAACUACAACAUGACGAAUAUGCAAAUGGCUUCAUCGCCAUUCUACAAUGAAGCUUACGCGGCAAAUCAAGGCUACGAAAUGGCCGACUAUCUCAACCCGGCAUGGAGUCAGGAUGCUAGAGGAACCGGGCUGAACCAGCAACAACAAAUGGAGUUGAUGCAUGAUUUCGAGAUGAACGAGGCGAAGAAGAUCGAGAUGAUGAUUGAACAGAGUCACCAACUCUUCCGUCCACCACAACUACAGCAAACAUACUGA